AUGGCCUUGAUAUACGGCGAGGGCGCCAACGCUUUCAUACGCCUACAAGAAGAGAUCAUCAAGCGCACCAACGACCUGAGCAUUCUGGCCUGGGACUCCAGAGAAAGAUGCCGCAUCGGGCCGUACUGCGGCAUAUUGGCCGCGUCGCCUGCCGACUUUAUUCAUGCUUCUCGCAACUUCUCUACCACCUCCUGGUCAUUCAUGACCGAGUUUACCAUUACAAACAGCGGCCUGCGCAUCACCACCAAGCUCUGGGUGCCCUGGGUGCCCCCGAGCCCCACAAGCUUUGCCCCCGACCACACUGGGUACCUUCUCUGCCUGUCCGACAGCCGCAGAUUCCCGCUCGUCGGAAUACAUCUCAAAAUGGUUGGGUGA